UCCAGGCUCUUUCAAAGUGUGCCUGGGUGGUUUUUCCCCGCCCGCUUUUUGCAGCUCUCCGUUCAUAAAACCCAGGCUGCCUCCAGCCUGCCUUUACCCACUGCACUUGCUGGCCCUGAGCUCACAAAGGUGUGGGGAACUCUCCGAGAAUGAUCACUUUCUGGCUUUGCCUGGCUGUCACUGCAGCUAUCGGAGGAACAAUUCUUUGCAAACUCAAGAAGAGCCCAGGGCAGAUGGGGAGAAAGAUGGUCUGCCUGGUGGGCCUGGGGGGAGGGGCUUGCCUACUCAGCCUGUCCCUCUUUUGGGGCUCAGUCAUCUUCUCCCUGUCCUGUUUCCUCACGUGCACUUUCUUCUCUGGCCAAGAGUUGUUACCUGUGGAUCAAAAGGCAGUCCUGGUCACAGGAAGCGAUUCCGGGAUUGGCCAUGCCUUGUGCAAGCAUCUGGACCAGCUGGGUUUCACUGUAUUUGCUGGAGUUCUGAAUGCACAGGGCUCAGGAGCAGAAGAAUUGCGGAGAACCUGCUCCAAGCACCUCACCGUGCUCCAGCUGGACAUCACUGUCCCAGAGCAGAUAAAAGAUGCCUACAGCAAAGUGGUGGAGAAGGUGCAGAACAAAGGUCUGUGGGCUGUGAUCAACAAUGCCGGGGUCUUUUGCUUACCAGGCGAUGGGGAGCUCAUUCCCAUGAAAGGGUACACACAAUGCAUGGCUGUGAACUUCUUUGGGGCAGUAGAAAUCACCAAGGCAUUUCUGCCUCUUCUUAGGAAAUCCAAGGGGAGGCUGGUGAACGUCAGCAGCAUGGCAGGAGGGGUCCCCAUAUCAUGGAUGGCAGCAUACAGCUCAUCCAAGGCGGCUCUGACCAUGUUUUCAUCAGUCAUGAGACAAGAACUUUCCAAAUGGGGAGUUAAAGUCUCUGUUAUCCAACCUGGGGCCUUCAAAACAAAUAUCUUAGGCACGAGUGACAUGUGGAACAAGAUGGAGAAGGAUAUUCUGGACAAUCUCUCACCUGAUGUACAGGAGGACUAUGGCCAGGACUAUAUUUUGCGUCUACAGAAUUGUGUCAAGUCUAUGGAACAGAAAGCCGACUCGGACCUCUCCCCGGUGCUCCUGGACAUCCAGCAUGCUAUCUCUUCUAAGAGCCCCUGUGCAUUUUAUUCACCAGGGAUUUUUUCUUUUGUGUGCCUCUGCUUCAUUAAUUUUAUCCCGACUAGCAUAUUUGAUCAUUUCUCCCAAAAAGUGUUUGAUUUCAAAGAGAUCAUGCCCAGAGCUCUAAGGAGGUCUGACUGGAAGAAUAAAGCCAUGUAGGCAAAGUGGUGGGAAAUGCUGUGAAUGCAAGGGAAGCCUGAGCUCCUCAAGGGAACUUCCCCCAGGUACUUCCCAAGAAGUACCACUUUGGCGUAUAGAUCAUUUUGACCUAAGGUCAAGCAAGGCUUGACAGGAACUCUUGCAGGCUCAAGAGGAACUUUUACCACUCUCAUAAACUACCCAGAAGAAUGGAAAUUAGGGGGUAUUACCCAGAUUUAGGGUUAUCUCCAGAAAUAAGCUUUUUAUUUGAGAAACCCAUCUAGAUAGAGAUGUAAAACACAGUUACAGAGCAUCUGCUCCAUCUGCCUUGUGAGUCCCCUCCUUGCAUCUUGAAACCCAAGGUCUCUAACCCAUUCCUUAGCUCAGGAUAAAUAUCCCUAUUUAUCCCAUUUACUUUAGAAUUUAUACCUAUGUAGAUUAUCUGUAUAUACAUACGCAAUUAAAUUUACU